UUUAAUCGGAAAUUCUCACACAGAUGUCAAAAUGGUCACAAUGAGGCUUGGGAGACUCUUAAAACUUCCUUUAGCUUUCUAUGUAUAGCUCACAUGCCAUUAAAUGACAUCAUUUAUGACACACUAACAAAUUACCUGCAAUCAGUAGGUAGUAUCCUAACGUUUAGCUCGCCAUUUACAAUGUGGACAAACUGCAAUCACAACAUUUUUUUAGGCCAAGGGAGGAACACACGCCCACAUGACGGUGUCUUUAGAUGUCCAACAAAAAGCAGUUAGGAGCUGUUGUGAGGCGUCACUAUGACUCACCGCAGGAACCUGCACUAACUACCAAAAGCUGGGAUAAUACGAGCUGGUAAGGACACAUUAUUUGAUUUAUAUCACUCAGUGACAAUUUAUUCCUCUGACAAAGCAAUAUUAGUUCACAAUGCCUUUCAUAUUCAACAAACUGUUUAUAUAUGCCACUUUGCUUUCAUUACUGGAAUCUGACACUUGUGGAUAUCCCAUGCGUUCCUCAAGUGAUCACGGAGACCCUUGUAAUGGGCAGGAAGCCACCUACUGCAUGAAUGGAGGGACAUGCUAUAAAAUACCUUCCAUGAAUACACUCUCCUGUGUGUGCAAUGAGAAUAACAAAGGCAGCCGAUGUGAGCAGUUCCAGCUCUUAAUCAGCUCCACUGAUGCAGGGCAGGCAGGGUUAAUUGCAGCCGUGGUCAUUGUUGCCCUAUUCGUCUUAGUGAUGCUGGCAGUUGUUAUCUACUACAUAUACAAGAUGUUGAAAGCCAAGCAGCAGAGCCAACAGAACAAUCAGCAACAAUAUUGGAGAGUAAAACCAAGAGUAUGACCUUUCUUCUCAUGCACACUUGUUUCUCUUUUGGCUGUUUGCUAUGUGGGAUGAUGACAGAAUUCUCAGAGAUGAGUGUCACAUGCAAGGUUCAAAAAUGCUAAAGAUGCCUUUAUCUAAAGCCAGGUGACCAGCUAAUUAAUUGUCUCAUGAGAAUUCUGGAGUCCAUGCCGUUUGCUACAGAAAGGUGUGAUUCAUUUACACACACAGAAACACCUACACACACACACACACACACACACACACGCACGGUGUGAAACAAGUGUGAGUGGGUGGGAAUUGAAUCACACCUUGCACUGUAGCACUGCUACCACAGCUAUGAAGUUGGCACUGGUGUUACUCAUAUUAAAUCACAUUUCAAUCUAUGUGCUUUGCCUGAAAUGUAUUUAUGAAGCAUAGUUGGACUAUGUAAAAAAAUAUAUCUAUUUUGUGAAAUAUUAUUAACACUGAACUUGAAAUAUGGAUUUACAAAAUUAUCCCUUGUAUCAGUUAUGUAAUAUGGUCAAUAUGCUAUUGGUAAAUAUUUUGUUUAAUUGUGUAAAUAUAUGCAAUGAUCCCUA